CUAUCUGACACCAGUUGACAUUAAGAAUAUAUGUCAACGUUACAAAAUGGAUAAAAGAAUUCACCAGAAUGAUGCUGUAGCUGUACACGAGCUAUGCACACAAAUACUGAAGGAAGAGAUAAUUUUCUACCAAGAAUUGAAAGAGGGAGUACAGCCAUUAGUAAUUAUUUACCAGAAUGAAGCACAAAGAAAAAGAAUGGUGAAACUAGCAGAAAAUGUGGUGUUUUUAGAUGCUACAUAUAAAGGAUUAACUGCCUAUGGUUAUUCAUUCUAUGCUCUUGUUGCAAGAGAUGAACAGCAAGGCCGAGGCACUCCUCUUUCGUACUGUAUCUCGUCAGAUGAUACUGGUGAAGUUGUCAAAAUAUUUCUGAGAUCUCUGAAGACUACGGCUGAAAAUCAUGGAUUUGAUUUCCGUCCAAGAUCUUUUAUGGUAGACAGAGAUACCAAAGAAAUCAGCGCAAUUAAUGAAGUAUUCCCAAACAGCUCUGUUUUACUUUGCUGGUUUCAUGUUUUACAGGUAUUAUAUUAUUCAAUAUAUGUAUCAUACAUUUUACCUUAUUCUUUAUGGGAAAAAAAUCAGUUAUUAAAUGAGAGUUAUUCUGUGAAGUUUCACUCUUUUGGAUCAAUAAGUAUUAAUUGCAUUGGAUUUAACAUUUUAUAUCUUUUUUUUGUGUUUAUAAGCUUGAGGUCAGUUUUGAAUUAAUAAAUAGACUCUUUCGCAUUAAUACUUUCAUAGAUCAAAUAUUAUCUUGUUGAAAAAUAAUUAGUCAUGAUAUAUUCAAGACAAUGUUUAAUUAUUAUUAUCAAGAAUCUUUAAGACAUGAACUAAAUAUAAAUGAUUUGAU